UGUUUCUAGGCUUGGGAGGGGAGGUGGUGGUGGGGGGACGGAACGACGACUGAUGUGCUGUGGCAGGGAUGAUAGGCGAGCCGGAGCAGAAGAGUCAUCUGAGCACUCUAAAACCACUUAGCCAGACCAUCCACAGCAGGGCAAGCUGACAGAAUCCAAGUAUGAUCCUCACUCGCUGACGCCCUCCGAGAAGCCAGCCAUGAGCAGCAAGGUCACCGCGGCCACCCCUCUCUCUUCCCCAGCCCCCCCUGCUGCCACCCUGAGCCCCCCAUCUCCCCUGGGGGAGGAACAGGAGGUGGUCACCACCUUUUGCACCCUCCUCCCAAAGAUGCCCCAAUGGAAAUUCUCCGGCCCGUCCGGCUUUCUCAGCCGCAGCCCGUCCAGUGCCAGCAAAGAUCUCUCGGCAUCGGUCAAAACCGGCAGCUUGGCAGAGGCCGAGGGUGUCACGGUGCCCUCAUCGGCCUCGGGGUCAGGCCUGGCUGCCGUCCUCAGUGCUUGCGAACCGGUCUGUGCCACACCCUGCGGCAGGCUGAAAGGAGGGACGGCCGGGGGCAGGAAGACAUCUCGGGCCCCGGGGCCCCGAGCCCCCGGGGAGGAGUGGAGCCGGAAAGGGAGUUUCAUCAGUAAACCGGUCCAAGGUUGGCUGCAUCCGGAUGACAGAGUUUUAGGCCCCGGAGUCUCCUACAUCGUCCGGUAUAUGGGUUGUAUUGAGAUCCUGCGAUCAAUGAGAUCUUUGGAUUUUAACACCCGGACACAAGUCACCAAGGAAGCCAUCAACCGACUGUAUGAGACAGUCCCGGGAGUCAGAGGGAACUGGAAGAAAAAAGCGCCAAACAAAAGCCUGUUUUCAAUCCUUGGCAAGAGCAAUCUCCGAUUUGCUGGCAUUAGCAUAGCUGUCAACAUUUCCAUCGAUGGUUUGAACCUGAUGAUCCCCACCACUCGACAGAUCAUCGCGAAUCACCACAUGCAAUCUAUCUCCUUCGCUUCGGGGGGUGACACGGAUACAACCGAUUACGUCGCUUAUGUUGCCAAGGAUCCCAUCAACCAGCGAGCUUGCCACAUCUUGGAAUGCUGUGACGGAUUGGCGCAAAGCAUCAUCAACACCGUCGGGCAGGCCUUUGAGCUCCGCUUUAAGCAGUACUUGCACAGCCCUCCCCAAACUGUAGCAUCCCAGGAGAGGACAAUGGGAGUGGAAGAUUCUUGGGGUGAAGAGGAAGACUCCUCAGGACACAAUUACUACAACAGCAUCCCCGGGAAGCAGCCCCCCCUUGGCGGUCUGGUGGACUCGCGCCUCCAUUAUGGAUCGGCUUCCAGCCACACUCUCUCUCUGGGUUCCUACGCCACCCAUUUCAGCCAGGUGACCCCCCCCAAACUCCUUGGCAGGUUCAGCAGGUGUAUCCAAGCCUGUUUAGCUCAACUAAAGGGCAUCGUCAUUUGUUCCGUAACCACGAUCUCUUCAGAGGUCGGGUCUUCAGCCAGAAGGGAACCCAGUAGUCACUCAAACCUGAACUGGGAUGCUGAUCUUUCUGGUCAGUGUUGUGACGGCUACGUUCAGGCAGACAGCAGACCUUUGGGCUCUCAAGAUUACGAACAGCACAUGUAUGUCAACACCGAAAACUUCAACAGCUGGGAGGCCAAUGUUGGGAAACCUGAGGAAAGUCCUCCCAAAGACCUUUUCGAUAUGCGGCCUUUCGAAGAUGCUCUAAAGCACCACGAGUCCAUGUCGGCUUGCGGGGUGCAGAGCGGGCUCCAAAUUGAGGACCGGUGGCCCAGCCCGCCCAGCCGCAAGGCUCCCAUUGCCCCCACCGAAGACCAGUUGAAGCAGGAACUGUGGUACCAUGGCAAAAUGAGCCGACGGGAUGCGGAGAAAUUGCUGCACACUGACGGUGACUUUUUAGUCCGGGACAGUAUCACCAACCCCGGGCAAUACGUUCUGACAGGGAUGCACAGCGGGCAGCCGAAACAUUUGCUCCUGGUCGAUCCUGAAGGCGUGGUGAGAACAAAGGACGCCUUGUUCGAAAGCAUCAGCCACCUCAUAAAUUAUCACCUGCAAAACGAGCAGCCAAUCGUGGCUGCGGAGAGCGAACUCCACCUGCGGCAGGUGGUGAGAUGGAAGCCCUGAUGUUUGUGGAACCCGUCCCUCUGUUCUGAAAUAAACACUGGACAUUUCUGACAGUUUUUUUCGAACCGGAGGGCCAGCCAGCCCACUUAACCAGGCUUCGCUCUGCCUUUCCAGCAAGAGACCGACCUCUUUGAGAAAAGCCACAAAAAACUUGCGUUGACUCUUUAACUGUCCUCACUUGAUCUUCUCUGAGCUGCUUUCUUACUGCUGUCGCUUCCUUUCCUGUCCCGAUUUUUGCAAUGGUGGUGGGAACCUCAGGAGAAGGUGGAACGGCCUACCUUGCAAGACAGAUGUGCGAGUGAUUAUUAGCAAAUAAUGUAUCUAGCUUUUUGGAACAACACCCCCCCCCAAAAAAAAACCUCCUUAUUUUCCAAAGCACCAAAAAGCCAAGACGAGAAACAACGGAUGGAAACUAACUAAGGAGAGAAGCAAACUGGAAUUAAAGGAGAAACUUCCUAACGGUGAGGACAAUCAACCUUGCCUUCAGAAGUGGUGGCUGCUCCAUCACUGGAGAUUUUUAAGAAGAGACUGGACAAUCACUGAUCUAAAAUGGUAUAGAUUCUCCAGCUCAAGUGGGGUGGACUAGAAGGCCUCCAAGACCCCUUCCAACUCUGUUCUUCUAUGUUCUAUGAAAACGCUGCAAGCAGUGGUGAAAUCUAAAAUU